AUGCCCAGAUCCGAACUUGUGAAUGAUAUGAAACUGAGCGCUGUGGUUCGUACGGCUGACAACGGUGAUAUCAUCACCGAGCACAGAUACCAAUCCAAUAGUACCUUGGAAAAUAUUGGAAGAUGGCCAGAGCCAGAACUCUGGAAGAGAGGGAAAAUGCUCGGGGAAGGAGGCUUUGGGGCCGUCUGGGUUGAAAAAUUCACAUCAACUCAAGGGUCAACAAAGAUCCGAGCUGUUAAGAUGAUUACACAGUUGUCUGAUCCACGCAAAAGGUCAUAUUGUGACCAAGAGCUGGAAGCCAUUGCAAAAUUCUCUCAAGCCAAGUACUCACAUUUGUUUGUGCAAUGCCUCGGCUGGUUCGAGAAUAUGAAUUCCAUCUACAUUACCAUGGAACAUAUUGAGUUAGGGGACCUCCCAAAAAAUCUGACGAACACGCUACCGGAAGCUGAGGUACAGCGAAUCUGCUCCCAACUUCUACAAGGCAUUCAGUGUCUGCACGAGAACAGGCUUGUGCAUCGAGAUCUCAAACCCCAGAAUGUCUUUGUUACAGCCAAAGGCCCCAAGUGGAAUGUUAAGAUCGGUGACUUCGGUAUCAGCAAGAAACUUCAUGAGGAUACUGACUUGCGAACGAACAUUGGCACUACGCUUUACUGCGCACCCGAAGUACUUCGGAUAUACCCUCUCGGUCGAUUAUCGUCGAAUCUCGAGAUCUACACGGAUCGCGUUGAUAUUUGGUCACUGGGGGUAAUGGCUUUUCAUCUAUUUACCCAAAGCCACCCAUUUCUCCAAAGCAUUGACCUCACAAUGUAUGUUCGGGGCUCCCCUCUCCCGUCCUUCACCAUGACUCGCCCCGUUACCGAACAAGGCCAAAACUUUUUGAGACGCCUUCUCACUGCCGACGCAACGAAAAGACCAUCCGCUAAACAAGCCUUACAAGACAUAUGGUUUAAGCAAAGUUCCUUCGAUCUGGUCUCGGAGAACUCGAAAAUGGGGAUUUCAACGAGGUUGAUGACAAGGCAAGAUUCGGAAUCAACCACUACCGAGGUGCUGAAAGCUGGGGAAGAUCACUCUAGGAGUUGGAGUCACCAAGAAACAUCUUCUGUGAUGGGCGAAGAGCAAACAAUCAGGCCUGCGGAUUUUUCAAGGAAUCAAGCUGAAGCCCCACAGAGUUCCACAUCUUCCAACCAGGCUCAGACGACCAACCCGCCAGACUUGGAUACAUUUCAUACCGAAGGAUUUUCGCUAGCCAGACAACAUCAUUAUGCAAGCGCCGAAAAAAUGUUUCUGCGAGCCGUUGAAAUACGCACGCGGACCUUAGGUUCUGAUCACUCUGACACCUUGCAAUCUUUUUGUUACGCACAGCUUGCUUCAUACGUUCAAAAGGAGUUUGAAAGAGCUGAAAGUAUUUGGAGGAACACUCGGGUACUUCAGAUUUCGACGCUUUGGUAUGAGAAGACGCUGGACAGCCUUUAUGUCUUGGGUAAGGCUUUUGUCAACAAAAAGAACCUUUUUGAUGCCGAAACCAUAUUCCGGGAUGUCUGGGAAGGUCAAAAGCAGACUUUGGGGGAGGACCACCAGAAGACGAGAGACUCCCUUCUUGCCUUGCGUGAUGUUCUAUCAAAGACCUAG